AUGUCUGCCCAAAACUCGGCCGGCAUCCAGCAGCUGCUCAACGCUGAGCAAGAGGCGUCCAAGAUUGUCCAGAAAGCCCGAGAGUACCGCACCAAGCGCGUCAGGGAAGCUCGCGAUGAGGCCAAGCAAGAGGUAGCCGAUUACAAGUCCAAGAAGGAGGACGAGUACAAGAAGUUCGAGGCCGAGCACAGCAAGGGCAACGAGCAGGCCGAGGCCGAGGCUAACAAGGACGCCGAGACUCAAAUCAAGGGUAUCCAGGAAGCCGGCCAGAAGGGCCAAGCCCAGGUCAUUAAGAACCUCCUCAGUGCCGUCUUCGACGUCAAGCCUGUUGCCCCUAACCAUUCUUGA